AUGCCACCUCGUAAGCUCUUGUUGAGAAUUCAGUACCCGGAUUUUGGGGAAACCCUGAAUCUCAAGCUCCUCGCUCAAAACCCUAGACGCAGGCCAACGGCCUUUGUCGCAGCUACAUCCGAGCAUGGGGGUACGUCAACGAGGCUGCUCCAUGCCAGUGGAGUUGACGCCCGAAUUUUCUUCCCGAUACGCAUUUUCCAUCGGUUUGUCGCUACCGCGUUUCGCAGCCCGUCCGCGCUCCACCGCCACGGCUCGAGAUCCGUCUACUUUUGCCGAAGAACCGGCAUACUAGAGAAACAAAACCUAACUUGCAAAUAUCGAAAUGCACCACAGGCAUACAAAUACGUCGAGGAACUUUGGAAGAAGAAACAAAGCGAUGUUCUUCGUUUCCUGCAGCGAGUCCGAGUUUGGGAAUACCGUCAACUUCCUUCGGUGUGCCGUGUGUCCCGUCCCACUCGUCCCGACAAGGCCCGCCGGCUCGGCUACAAGGCAAAACAAGGAUAUUGCAUCUACCGUUCAAGGGUUCGCCGCGGUGGAAGGAAGCGUCCAGUUUCCAAGGGCAUCCGUUAUGGCAAGCCGGUCCAUCAAGGCGUUAAAAAAUUGAAGUUCGCUCGCAAUCUCCGCUCCGUUGCCGAGGAGCGCGCCGCCCGACGCUGCGGAGCACUCCGUGUGCUAAACUCGUACUGGCUGAACGAGGUCAGGAGCAAGGACUGA